UCGGUCAGUCGCACUCUGAGAGCCGCGGAGUCGAGUCGAGGGUUGGUGCGCGCGUGCGCCGGAACCAGAUCGUAGCGUCGCGUCCCGGAGUGCCGAGCUUUCUUAUGGCGAGGUGGUGGCCGGCAAAGGAGGGCAAAGCAGAGUCAAGGAUCCACCGUCGCCGUCGGCGCCGCGCGUAGGAGUCGUCUCCGGGUGCUCGGCGAAGCGGAUCGCGCCGUCGGGGUGCGCGCCCGUCGAGGGAGGAACCAUGAGCGCGUGACCGUGCGCGCGGCCGCGAGUCCAUUGGCUUCUGGGUCCCCUAGGUCCGUCGGGUCUUCGGAAGGACCCCGGAUUGCGUCGGAGACAUGGACAACUUCGGUCCGUUGGCCGUCGCGGUCGCGCUGCUGGCAGCGGUGCUGUCCGCGCCGGACCAGACCGCCGGUCGCAGGCUCGGGAGUCCCGAGGCCCCCAGAGGUUGCGAGUGGCGCGCGGAGGAAGAGGGCACCGCUUUGGUGUGUCGGCUGCGGAGCUUCGGCGGCGCCGCCGCCCUCGUGGGCAACCUGACCGGCGAGCAGGCCGACGCCGUCACCUCGCUGGGCCUGGAGUGCGGCGACGUCCUCUUCUCCGAGAGCCGGUCGGACGAGGCGCGAGGUCUCGGCGCGCCGCUGCCGCGUCUCGAGCGGCUGCGCAUCGACUCGUGCAAGAUUCGCCACCUGCCGGGGGGCGCGUUCGCCUCGUUCCACGCGCUGCGCCGGCUGACCCUGAGAACCCGCAACGGCGAUUGGUCUGCGAUGGCCCUCGACGUCCACCCGGACGCGCUGCGCGGACUCGCCGAGCUGCGGCAUCUGGACCUCGCCGAGAACAACCUGUGGACCGUGCCCCCCGAGCUCUUCUGUCCGCUGCAAAAUCUGCGCAGCCUCAACCUCUCGCGCAACAAGUUACAGGACGUUGUGUCGUUGGGUUUCUCCGAUUGGGGAGCCCCUUGCGCGAAGAAGCUCGAGGAAUUGGAUCUGAGCGGAAACGACCUGGGGGCCUUGCCCGAGAGGGCGCUCAGCGCCCUCGACGGGCUAACCACGCUCAGGCUUCAAGACAAUGCCAUCGCCGCGAUCGGGGAUCACGCUUUGGCCGGCCUGGGAAAUCUCAGAUCCCUCAACGUCUCCGGGAAUCGGCUGGUGGCUCUACCCCCGGAGUUGUUCGCCAAGAGCACGGAACUGCGCGAACUCGUGCUCAGCAAUAAUUCCCUCGCCGUCUUGGCGCCGGGACUUUUCGAGGGCUUGGGGCAGCUCCGUUCGUUGGAUCUCGGUAACAACGAACUUACCAGCCGCUGGGUGAAUCGGGAGACGUUCGCCUCUCUCGAGCGCCUCGCCUCGCUCGAUCUCUCCUUCAACUCGCUGACUAGAAUAGACGGGAAUAUAUUUAAAGGGCUGCACGAUCUCAGGGUGCUGAAGUUGGAACACAAUGAAAUCGAGGCUCUGUCCGAGGGCUGUUUCGCGUCGCUACGGAACCUACACCUGCUGACGCUAUCGUACAACGACAUCGUCGGUCUCGAUCCGAGCCAUACCGUCGGUCUGGUUUCUCUCGGACAGCUCUUCAUGGACGGGAAUGGACUCCGGACGAUCCAUCCAUUAACCUUUUCCAAUGCCAGCAGUCUGCAAGACGUCUCGUUGAGCGGAAACGCUCUGACGGACGUGCCGGAAGCUCUUAGGGAAUUGCGCUCGUUGAAGACCCUCGAUCUCGGUAACAAUCGCAUCUCCGACAUAGACGAGCGCUCGUUCGCCGGUCUGGACGAACUCUACGGUCUGCGAUUGGUGGACAAUAAAUUGGAGAACGUCUCCAGAGCGGCCCUAUCCACGUUGCCCGCGUUACAAGUUCUGAACCUCGCGAGCAACUCCAUUCGCCACGUGGAGAACGGGGCGUUCACCGGAAACCCCGUAUUACGUGCCGUAAGACUCGACGGGAAUCAGCUGACCGAAAUUCGCGGCAUCUUCGACGGACUUACUACCCUAGUUUGGUUGAACGUCUCCGACAACAAGUUGCUCUGGUUUGACUAUAGCCACCUUCCGCCCGGUCUCGAGUGGCUGGACAUGCACUCCAAUCAAGUUAGCGAACUCGGGAAUUACCUCGCUGUGCGGGACGCGCUUCAGAUCAAGAUGUUGGACGCCAGUUACAAUCUCAUCGGCGAGAUAUCCUACGUGAACAUCCCGGACGGCGUGGAGAAUCUUUACUUGAAUAACAACCGCAUAAGCAACAUCGCUGCCGGGACCUUUCAGAGGAAGAAGAACUUGAAGAAGGUCGUCCUGCGUGGCAACGAAUUGGAGCACAUCGAUGUGGCGGCACUCGGACUGCAGUUGGUACCGGAGGGUCUCGAGGUUCCCACGUUCUACGUCGGCGACAAUCCCAUCCUCUGUGAUUGCAGCAUGGAGUGGCUGCCGAGGAUAAACGAGCUCGCGAGGUCGCGGCAACAUCCUCGCGUGGCGGACCUCGAUGCCGUUACUUGCGAGAUGGUUCACGGACGAGCCACUCCACGGCGACCUCUCCUCUCGUUGAAGUCCAAAGACUUCCUCUGUCGCUACGAGACCCACUGCUUCGCGCUGUGCCAUUGCUGCGACUUCGAUGCCUGCGACUGCGAAAUGUCCUGCCCGGACAACUGUUCCUGUUACCACGACCACAGCUGGUCCAGCAACGUGGUCGAUUGCUCGAACUCGGGUCACAGGCACGUUCCCGAGCGCAUUCCAAUGGAUGCUACGGAGAUUUACUUGGACGGGAACGUUCUGGGUGACCUGGGAAGUCACGUAUUCAUCGGGAAGCGUAGGCUGGAGGUGCUUUACCUGAAUAAUAGCGGCAUAACCGCCGUCCACAACCGCACGUUCAACGGCGUCGGUUCCUUGAAGGUUCUGCACUUGGAAGACAAUAGCCUGCGCGAGCUGAGGGGCUUCGAGUUCGAUCAUCUAGAUCGAAUGACCGAGCUCUAUCUGGACCGCAAUGCCAUCGCGAAAGUUGGCAACAAUACUUUCCACAAUAUGAAGAGCCUGGAGGUUUUGCGCCUCGAUGGCAACAGGAUCGCGGACUUCCGGCCCUGGGAGGCACUCGCCUCGACGAGAGCCAAGGUCUCCCUUGGAGGUAACGCAUGGAAUUGCGAGUGCAGCAACGCGGCGAAGCUAAGGACUUGGUUGUUGGAGAACCACGGCGAUCCCGACGAGAUGUUCUGCAAGGACGGCGCCGAAACUCUGUCGGAGGCGUUACAGCGGUGUGGCGACCCUACGACGGAGGCCAUUAGUCGUGGCAUCAUCCCGGAGAAUCCUGCGCUCGCUGGGAGUUUUGUCCCGCUCCUGGCCGGGGCACUGGUGGGCGUGAUAGCCAUCUGCCUCCUGGCGGCGCUAAUCUUCGCUUUCCGCCAGGACAUCCGCCUGUGGGCGCACUCCCGCUAUGGGUUACGUCUCGGCAAAACCGUUCCCCCGUGCGACGAGGAACGCGACCGACUCUACGACGGCUACGUCGUCUACAGCAGCGGCGACGAGGACUUCGUGUCCAGAUGUUUGGCAGCCGAGCUGGAGCAGACCGGACUGGCGCUCUGUCUGCAUUGGCGGGAUUUGCCUCCGGCCAGGCCUCAGGAAACCGUCCCUCCGGCGUUCGCAGCCGCGCGGCGCAUCCUCAUAGUCUUCUCCCCCGUGUUCCUGUCCGGCGAGUGGCAACACGCCGAGUUCCGGACUGCCUUGAGGAACGCCUUGGAGAGCCUGCGGCCGGGAUCUCGCAGAAGGCGCGUCAUCCUUUUGCUGGCGGUCGAGCCACCUGUCUGCGAUCCGGAGUUGCAGCUUCUGCUGCGCACCUGCACCGUGCUCGUCUGGGGCGAGCGCAGGUUCUGGGAGAAGCUGCGCUUCGCGAUGCCCGACUCGGCGGACCGCAGACGCAACGGGAAGAAGGUCUCCACCGAGCGGAAUCGGCCCCCCGCGAGGUACAUGGCCGCUCCCUCGGCCGCCGACGUCUGGACCAAGGGUAACGUCGGCGGGACCGUCACCGUCGCCCCGGUGCACGCACCUACGCCCACGCCGACGCAAUCCACCUACGUCAGCUCCGCCUCCAGCAGGACCGAGGACGAGGACAGCGGCGUGGAGCAACAGCCGCACCAUCAUCACCAUCAUCACCAUCACGGCUACAGUACGCUGCAGGGCUCCAGGAACCACUCUACGAACCUGCAGUCGAGAGCCAGUCAACAUCUCUAUAGUACCAUCCCGGAGCCUCCACAGUUAGGGACGCAACCCGUGGUCAGCUCGCCCCUCCCGGCUGUUCCUCGUACUUACUUUGUCUAGCCGAAGCUCGAUAAGCACCCUGGAUAAUUUGCUGGGCACGGAGCAUCCGGUCUACGAGCUGGACCUGCAGAUCGUCCCGCGGAGCGGUGUGUACCUUGCAAGCCUCGAGCGAGGUUCUGGGAAAAGCUGAGCCUCGCCAUUAGCCUAGCUCGACAAAGGCAAUGUUAAUUCGGCCGUUGUGCCCAUCUUGGCUCAUGCAUCUACGUCUGGAACAACGACUACGUGGAGGGCGAUCAUCGUCGCUGCGGCGUGAGCACCGCGAAAUCCACGCCAACGCGAUCCACCCCUGUCAGGACCAAAGGUCCCGUUCCAGCGACGUCGGGCAUCCUCUGUGUCGUCGUCCUCGUCGUGAUUACGACACGCUGCAGGGCCCCGGGAACAACCGUAGAGACCUACCGUUGAGAAUUAGUCAACGUCUUUGCGGUACCAUUCUUGAGCGUCGACAACCCACGUUGUAACCUGCAGUCGCCAAGCUCCGCAGGUGGCUUCUCGUGCUAACUAUGUGCUGUCCGAGACCAAGGAGGACGCUGGACGCUUUGAUAGACAUGCAGCGUCGAGACUGCACCUCCAGGAUUCCGAGACGAGGCGGAUUUCGUCCUCGUCCGCGUAAUCUCUUACUGUGAUCGAGUUGACGUCGGUCGAUCACGUCGCCGGCAGGCCUCGCGUAGAGGACAGUAUUUAGCGACAACACUAUCAUUACUACCAUCCUUGUAGUUAAGGCGUGGUGCAGGCCAAUGGAACCACUCGACAGAGCUUUGGUCCAGCGCUGGGAGGCGGUGCAUCUUUAUCCCUUCGAGGUCCUUCGGGUACACGGUGCAUCGCUGAUCUGCCACUCCGGGGGGAUUGAAAUUAGAUUAAAUUAAUCUACCAUGGGCCGACUAGCUGAGGAAUUGCGACCGAGCCUCUCCGAAUGAAUCAAAAGUUAGAAAGCAGAGCUAUAUUCUUAUCUACUUCCCGAGGAUCGCGGAGAUCACCGAAUCGCCGAUUCCUGGGUGACGUGCAGAGGAAACGGGCCGUGCCUCUCGGCACUAACUUUGUUCCGUGAAGGCUCUUUUUUUUAUCCGGAUCUCUUGGGUUUAUCGUUUUAGAGGCCAGGUCGAAAGGUUUUGUUCACGUCCUGGCCAAGAGAAAUCAGGACUGCACCCGGAGAUGAGUUCGGUGCAGGGCGACCUAGGGAAUCCGUAGACGUUCUUGUUCGUUCUUACGAGUUUUAAUAUCGACAAAUGGACUCUGGAAUCGGGUCCCUGAUCCUAAGUCGCGCGUUUAGUUCAAUUGUACCCGGUCCGUUGUGUAUUUUAAUUUGUAGAUUGGUACGUUGCGCCGAUCGUUUCCUGUACUUAUUUCGUCCAGACUCUAGUUCGAGCUUUACGGGGCUGCGUCUUCCUUCCGUCGUGCAAGGGAACGGAACUCGGCCUGGAAUCCGAGCCCAGGGUGCCACGAUUUGGCCCCAGUGAAGGAGCAAUCGAUAGGCGGAUUCGUUCUCGGCAAAUACCGUCGCCAGCUCCAAUUUCGUCGGGGGCGAUUAGCAUGAUUAGCGUGAUUAGCGCGAAUCGCGGAAUUCUCGCGACUCGCGGGGCCUCGGGGGUUCUCUCGUUCCCGGUUCCCGGCAAGACUUCGUUCCUACAGACUGCUUUUGGCCGUCCCGGAACGGCCCUCUUAACGCUUACUAGCUCGUAAGGAAUGCCUUGUAAAUAUUGUACAUCUGCUCCUGUAAAUAGGAUCGCGGACCGCCGCGCCAGGACGAGCCGUAUCGGCGACUCCGUAGACGUUAAGUGCGCCCUAGGAAUAAAUUAUUGUGUCGCAUCGUUGUAAAUACGCCCCGUCGAAGUUAACGACGCAUUUUAUCACCGUUUACUGUAUUACUAAAUUAAUUAACGAUUUAGUGCCGCGGAGGCGAACC